CCCACAGUCCGACUCUAAAGAAGUUCAUCACAGAGGGAAAAUGGGGUGUACGAUCAGCGCCGAGGACAGGGCAGCAGUGGAGAGGAGUAAAAUGAUUGAUAAAAUCCUGCGGGAGGACAGAGAGAAGACAGUGAAACUGCUUCUGUUCGUAAACCAGAUACUGAGGGGGCUGUUAUGGCUGUCCACGCCCCUUCCUGCCUGAGACAUGAGACACGGCCUCCUAGUUACUCUUCAGAGAGACAACCGACUUCUUUAGGGUGCUGAGGAAUCUGGGAAAAGCACAAUAGUAAAGCAGAUAAAAAUCAUUCAUGAAGAUGGCUACUCAGAAGAGGAGUGCAAGCAGUACAAAGUGGUGGUGUACAGCAACACCAUCCAGUCCAUCAUGGCCAUCAUCAGGGCAAUGGGCCGGUUAAAGAUAGAAUUUGGGGAUGCUGCACGGGCGGACGAUGCCCGUCAGCUGUUUGCCCUGGCGAGCUCAGCGGAGGAAGGGAUAUUGCCAGCAGAGCUGGCCACCGUGAUUCAGAGGCUGUGGAGCGAUAGUGGAGUUCAGACAUGCUUCGAUCGAUCUCAAGAGUAUCAGCUCAACGACUCUGCUGCAUACUACCUUAAUGACUUGGACAGGAUCUGUCAGCUGAACUACGUCCCGACUCAGCAGGAUGUGCUGCGUACACAUGUGAAGACCACUGGCAUCGUGGAAACUCACUUCACCUUCAAAGAUCUCUAUUUCAAGAUUUUUGAUGUCGGGAGUUACCGGAGGCGGAAAUUGUAUUGGGUCUUUUCUUUAGAGGGACUCACAAGUAUAAUUUUCUGUGUAGCACUCAGUGACUACGACAUCUUGGCUGAGGAUGAAGAGACGAACCGGAUGCACGAGAGCAUGAGGCUUUUCGACUCCAUCUGCAACAACAAGUGGUUCAUGCUCACCUCCAUCAUCCUCUUCCUCAACAAGAAGGAUUUGUUUGAAGAGAAGAUCAGCAGGAGUCCGCUCACUAUCUGCUACCCCGUAUACUCUGGUGGGAACUCGUACGAAGAGGCUGCAGCUUAUAUCCAGUCCCAGUUCGAAGACUUAAAUACACAAAAGGAUAGUAAGGAGAUCUACACCCACUUCACUUGUGCCACAGACACCAAGAAUGUGCAGUUUGUGUUCGAUGCCGUCACCGACAUCAUCAUCAAGAUCAACCUGAGGAAGACCAAGCUCUGCUAAAGUUUCAGGCCCUGCAGGUUAGCAUAUUCAUCUGCACUAUGGUUCAUACACUGAAGACAACAUGGUGUUGUUGUCAAACCAACACAUAAAGAUCUUCUGAGAAUUUGCUCAUGUGAUGACAUUAUUGGCCGGUUGUCCACUUUGGUCCAGAGAGUUAAAUUCAUUAUCAUUUGGAUGGAUUGCAAUGAAAUUUGGAUAAGACACUCACUGCCGCCAGAGAAUCAAUCCUAAUUGCUUUUGUGUGCUAACAUACUUAUGAUGGACUGAGCAGGUAGUCAUCUAUGGAAAAAGUGCCAGCUAAAACCCCUCUGAUGUCUCUGACAAGAACCAAAACAGACUGCUUAUCUUGUGUGUGUAUCACAUUGUAUUUAUUCAAUAUUUGCAUUUGUUCAAUUUUAUUUUUAUUUCAAGUUGCAAUUAUAUCGUAUUUUUACUUGUGGAUGUGAGAAUAAUAAUAAUAAUAAUACAUUUUAUUUAUAAGCACUUUUCUAAAUACUCAAAGACACUUUACAUAAAAACAUAAAAGCAGCAAAACAACAUCAAAUAGUAAAACAUUAAAAACACAUCAGACUAAGCUAAACAUUAAAAGCAAUGAAUGAAUGCGGUUUCAAGUGAAUAAAGUAAAAAUAAGUGUUUAUUAUAACAUAUGUGAUUAUUUGAGUCCUGACAGAAAGUGUCUGGCAUUUAGACCCUAGAGGGAGAUUGUUGUGAUGGAGACGUGUCUGCCCUUUGCACCAGCAUGACAAAUUCCCCCAUAGAGUCCAGACAUUGGUGGUGGCUGAUGACUGCUGAGGCUGAUGAAAUUACGAAGUUGAUGAAUCUAUGAAUACUGGGCAGCGAUGGUGAGGUGGAGAGCAGCAUGAAUGUACUGAAGGCGAAAGGGAUGAAGGAUGAACGAUGAAGUUGUGUCUCCGUGCUACAGGAUAUAUAUAAAUGACCCUGUUUUUCAAGGUAAUUGUUUUAGUCCUAUGGAUAUCAGUGAAGAUAUAUAAACACAUUAAACAUAAAAAGUGGAAUAGUUUAGUCAAAGGCUGUGCUUGUUUUUUUUUGGCCGAAGCUGUCACAUAAUACUGAGGAAGUCUGUUGCUGCUGUACAGUACACUAUUUUGGAGCACAGUUUGGGUUAGAUCAGUCAUUUCCUGGUAGAAAGCAUUAACAGUUUUCAUGUCUAGCUCUCUUUACAUUCAUGCAGCUGUACUGGUUCAUUUUAGUUGUUUUAGCUGCAAAGUUGUAAUUUUAAAAGACUGAACAAACCAGAUCUUACCACAGGCAACACCAAUCAGAUAUUAUUCACUGUGAAGAUUAGAGGCCUAGUUUCACAUAAACCAUGCAGAGAAAGAGGUCAUGCACAUUGGAAACAGUAUUUUUAGACUUCAGAGACACAUAUGCUUCAGCUGAGGUUUCUUUGUGUUCCAGCUGCUGCUGCACACACACCACUGCUCAACAACAUGUCCUUAUUGUCCUACCUUGUUUUCUCUGUUGUAGGCCUGUAACACUCCAUGUUUAUUAGUUUAUUAAUGACACGAGUUAUUGCAAGAUACAUUUAAACUGUAAUCAAUCUUGUCAAUAUGACAGCAUGAAGGGACAGAUUAUUAAGAUUUCUGGAACAUUUUUGAGCCUAAAAUCCUCAAUAUGUUCAUUUUAGGCUGGCAAUAUUCUUUAUUUUUAUUUUAAUCAACAAAUCCCAUUAAAGGUCCAGUGUGUUUUGCGGCUCUAUAGGCAGAUAUGGAAUAUAAUACUGAUAGGUAUGUUUUGAUUAGUGUAUAAUCACCUAAAUAUAAGAAUUGUUGUUGUUUUUACCAGGUUGAACCACCAUGUGUAGUUUUUAGCAAAGGUUUCUCACACAGAAACUAAACUACAGUUCCUCAUAAUGAAGGAACAUUAUGUGUUUUUCAACAAUGGAGGUUUAUGGCUCAGAUGAAUAGUUGAUGGUUUUGGUCUUUUUAUGGGAAUUGGGAAUUCAAAUUAUCAACAGUCUCCUCUUCACCCAUCCCCUAAUUUUUUCUGUUUUCAUUCUGUGUGCUUUUUCUUAAUUUAUAAAUGUAAUUUGUGCCUUCUUGUGAGGGUAAUACUGAAUCUUUUCACAGGUAAAAUAUUGACUGACAAGUGGAAAUACUAACGCACGAAGUUGGGUUCUUACCAAGUGACACUUGAUGUCCAGGACAGAUCUAAUGGGUUUUGCACUACUUUGGUCUGGAGUUUGAGCGCAAUAACUAACAACAAGCAGCUUUAAAUACAGGAGCAAAAGAAGCUCUGCAGCUCACUAUUGAUCUGGUUCCUCUUGUCAGUUCAACACACACUGUUUGUUCCUUGCUUGCUGUAAAAUCUCAUGAAUCUGUCCCUGCACAGUAAAUCUGGACUUGCAAAAUAAUAACAGAUUUAAUUUGUUUUGCUCCCUCAAUAGGUUCAUUUUUAAUGAACUUCCAUACACUGCCAUUUCCCAUCUGAGUAGAACAGGGAACUUAUAUAACAGCCGCAUUGUCCCCAACAAGUAGCAGCCAGAGGCCAUCGUUCAGUGUUUCUCUAACUCAAUAUGCAUUAUUCAGUGACUGACAAUGUGAUUCUCCAGUAAAGAAAUAAACACACGAGUGAAGAUAAUGCAUCUUUAUUUCAUGCUGCUACAUUUCAUAAGAAAGGACAUACUCAGUAGAUUUGCAUUCCCUUUUCACAAUAAAUUUUGCUUCAUUCCUCUAA